AUGUUUCUUGUCGCAGGUUUUGUACCUGAUCCUGUACCAGCUGGUAAUGUUUUAUCUUGGUUAUUAGUUGGUUUUAUAUUCCAUUUGAUAAUUCAUCGAUGGUGGCCGGAUCGUUAUGCACUAUUAUUUUCGAUUGCCAUGGAUUUAGGCGUUGCUGUAUCUUCAGUUAUCAUCUUUUUUGCCUUAACUAACAGGCUUAUUAAGUUGCCAAAUUGGUGGGGAUCGGGAGGUUAUUAUGGUGAUGGAUGCCCAUUAUCUCAUGCAAAUUAUACAGGACAAUGA